UAGCGCACUAUAGCAACAUAAUUGAUGGCGCUUGUGGGAUCCGCCUAUAGCAUAUAUACACUGGUUUCUCUUACCCAGAACCAGAUCAUUGUUGCAAUGGCAGCCAUGAGAGGAGCCUGCAUCUUCACCACAUCCAUCUUUUUCCUUUCCAUGCUGAUCUCCGUUAACGCUCUAGCCAAGGAUCAUGGCAGCAGCUACCUUGCGCGAGGCUCCACGGUGGACACCUGGGACGGCGAAACCACGGCCAUCCUGGUGUCGCCCAACGGGGCCUUCGCCUGCGGCUUCUACAGGGUGGCCACCAACGCCCUCACCUUCUCCGUGUGGUUCCACGCCUCGUCGCGGCGGAAGACCGUCGUGUGGACGGCCAACCGCGACGAGCCGGUGAAUGGCAGAGGGUCCAGUCUCGCCUUCCGGAAAGAUGGGGGCUUGGCCCUCCUCGACUACAAUGGUACUGCUGUCUGGAGCACCAACACAACCGCAACUAGUGCCAGCCACGCCAAGCUCCUCGACAACGGCAACCUGGUGGUCAUGGAUCCGGGUGGUCGGAGCCUCUGGGGAAGCUUCGACUCGCCGACCGACACGCUCCUGCCAUCGCAGCCAAUGACACGGAACACCAAGCUGGUGUCUGCAUCUGCCAGGGGUUUGCUCUAUUCAGGGCUCUAUACUUUAUACUUUGACAGUGACAAUCAGCUCAAACUUAUCUAUAAUGGCCCUGAGAUUAGCAGCAUAUAUUGGCCCAACCCUUUCAACAAACCAUGGGUAAAUAAGAGGAGUACUUAUAACAGUAGUCGAUAUGGGAUUCUUGAAGAGACAGGACGGUUUGUCGCGAGUGACAAAUUUGAAUUUGAAGCUUCUGAUCUUGGUGAUAAGGUCAUGAGGAGGUUGACUCUGGAUUAUGAUGGCAAUCUUAGGCUGUAUAGCCUAAACCCGACAAGCGGCAAUUGGUCGGUUUCUUGGAUGGCAUUUCAUCGAGUCUGUGAUAUACAUGGUGUUUGUGGCAAGAACAGCAUGUGCAAGUACAUACCGAAGCUACAGUGCUCCUGCCUCAAAGGAUUCGAGGUGAUAGAUGCAAGCAACUGGAGCGAGGGGUGCAGGCGCAAGGCAAACAUAACAGCCAGCUGGGACAAACACAGAAGAGACAACGCAAACAUAACAGCCAGCUGGGACAAACACAGGAGAGCCAACGCAAACAGCACAACUACCCAGGAUUUCUCAUUCAGAAAGCUUGCUGAAACUGACUUCUACGGGUAUGACUUGGCCUAUGAUGAGUGGAUCCCAUUUUCUAAGUGCAGAAAUAUGUGCUUGGGCUAUGUUGAUUGCCAGGCUUUUGGUUACAGGAAGGGAGAAGGCAAAUGUUUUCCGAAGGUCUAUCUGUUUAACGGCAAGAACUUCCCGGAUCCUCCGAAUGACAUUUAUUUGAAAGUUCCCAAGGGGCUGUUGCCUUCGCCAGAACUGGCUUCUACAAUAGCCUAUGAAUGCAAAGUUCAUGAAAAAGAGGCCAACGUUUCUUUGCAAAUGCUCAAGGGUGGCACUUCCAAGUUCAAAUUUGGCUAUUUUCUUUCUUCUGCAUUAACUCUACUUUUCAUUGAAGUAACGUUAAUCAUUGCCGGGUGUUGCGUCGUUUACAAAUCUGAGAGAAGGGUGGAGAUUGCAGAUGAAGGUUACAUGAUAAUUUCCAAUCAGUUCCGAAUAUUUAGCUACAGGGAGUUACAGAAGGCAACCAGAUGCUUCCAAGAAGAGCUAGGGAGUGGUGGAUCAGGAGCAGUUUACAAGGGAGUCCUUGAUGAUGAAAGGAAGGUCGCAGUUAAGAAGCUAAAUGAUGUGAUCCAAGGAGAGCAGGAGUUCAGGUCUGAGUUAAGUGUCAUAGGAAGAAUUUAUCAUAUGAAUCUGGUCAGAAUUUGGGGGUUCUGUGCUGAGAAGACGCACAGGCUCUUGGUUUCUGAGUUCAUUGAGAAUGGUUCUUUAGACAGAGCUCUAUUUGAUUACCAGAGCCUAUUCCCUGUGCUCCAAUGGAGUCAAAGGUACAAGAUAGCAGUUGGCGUAGCGAAAGGACUGGCCUAUCUCCACACCGAGUGUCUUGAAUGGAUUGUGCAUUGUGAUGUCAAACCAGAGAACAUAUUAUUAGAUGAAGACUUUGAGCCUAAAAUUGCAGAUUUUGGACUGGUGAAGCUCCUAACACGUGGAUCAAACACAGAAAUGUUGUCGAGAGUGUGUGGGACUAGAGGGUACAUUGCACCAGAAUGGGCUCUAAAUCUUCCAAUCACUGGUAAGGUCGAUGUUUACAGCUAUGGAGUAGUGCUUCUUGAGUUAGUGAAGGGAGUUCGGGUUUCAAGAUGGCUGGUUGAGGGUGAGGAGGGGGUGGAAAUGGCUGUUAGAUGCUCUACUCAAAUUCUUAAAGAGAAACUAGCAGGCGAAGAUCAAUCAUGGCUUCUGGAGUUUGUCGACUACAGACUGGAUGGAGAAUUUAACCAUUCUGAAGCAAUCCUGAUGCUUAAAAUAGCAGUAUCAUGUGUGGAAGAAGAGAGGAGCAGAAGGCCAAGCAUGGGCCAUGUGGUUGAAACUCUGCUUUCACUGGUGGAAUAAUGACUAGUACUGCAAUUACAACGCUAAAGCUAGUACAUGUGAAAGAAUAAUAUUCUGUAACGUUGCACAGAUAAGUUACUGCGAGCCUUAUCCUAUCAUUAUGUAAUAAGUCUAUAGAUUUGCAUGAACAUCUAGUUUCUUAACAUGGAGUACAAAUUAGUAAGUAUUUCAUUUA